AUGAUGGGAGGACCGCCGCCAGGAAUGGGGCCGCCACCGGGGAUGGGCCCCGGCGGUCCCGGCGGCUCGCCGCCCAUGUUCCCGGGUAUGCUCCCCAACCUCGGAAAAGUGACGCUGCCAAUGGGCUUCAGCCCCCCGCGCGACGACUCCCCGCCGCCGCCCGACGCCCGAGAGGAAGACGACCUUGACUCGGACGCAGCCGCAGACGCUGCCAUGCGCGAGUGGACUUCCCUCCGUGAGGCCUUUGAGAUGCUCCGGUCCCGCUUCGGCCCCGAAUUCCAGCCCCUGGGCGCCGAGUAUGCCGACCGCCGGGAUUCACCCUUUGGUCCCACGCUGCAGUACCGCACCUUCUCGGUGGCGGGCAUCUGGAUGAACUACUACAUGGGCCUCAUACACCUCUACCGCGCGCAUCCCAAGAUGCCACCCGCCGCUAUGAUCGCCGCGGGGAUACAGGCGCAACACACGGCCAAGUUCGCCAUGGAGAUUGGUCGCAUUGCGGCUGGAUUGACGGACGAUUGUAGCAAUGUGCUCGAGAUUAGCACACUCGUUGGCGCGGCGCUGAUUGAGAGUUCAUUCUGUCUAUUCGUCAGUGCUAUUCAGUACCAAAGCGACGCUCAGCGUCACUGGAUCGUCAGGCGCAUGCACGACAUUGCCCGUCUCACAGGGUGGCAGUCGGCGCGGCAGAUCGCCGAGGGCUGCGAGUCCGGGUGGAAAAAAGCGGCGGCCAUGGGCCGGGGUCCGCCGUACGCGCGCGACCCGAGCCUGCAGACCGUGGUGCCGCCAUCCGUGUGGUCGAACCCGCGGCGGAUCGGCGCACGGAUCGAGCAGCUCGAUAGUGACGACACGGUGCUCGUCGUCGCCAAGUCGGAGAGGGCGUUUUAUGCUCUCGGUCUGAUUAGCGUGGAGGAGGAGAUGGAGAGGUUAGUGAUUAAGGAUGAGGGCUGA